UUGCAAUUUGCGUGACCCAUCCAUUAUGGCCCCGAAGUGUACCCCUUAGUUGAAGAGUUUCAGUCAUCUUGGAAAUAUUUUACGAUACUUUACGUUGCAGAUUACAACGGAUUCUAACAACCGAUCCGCUCUCAACAACGCAUUGAACGAAAAGGGUAACCAAACGUCUUUUCACAGACGUGUGCGCGGUCAUUGAUCACGUAUUUCUAGAUGGUGUACCAUACAAGAUACAAAUACAAAUUGAUAGAGUUUAUGGUACACAUGUAAUAAUAUUUUAAAACACAAAUAUAUAAUACCAUUUAAUAUUAACUUUUAUAUUUUUCAAUACUGACAACAUGAAAUAAAUAUUGUAAUUCAUAUUAAAACUUAGGUAAAUGCUGACAUAUAUGUUCAAAAAUAUUCAAGCUACGUUGCAAUUUUAUCGUGUUCCUAAAGGGCAAUUUAAGAAAGUAACGAAUACAUAACACAUGAGAACCAACCUAUAAUAUCAAGGAGUUUAGUAUUAAGGUUAUAUUCUUCAAAAUACUACUGAAGUAGUGGUAAAUAAACAAAUAAAAUUAUUGUUACAAAGAAGUAUAUGAAAGUUUAAACGGAGUAGUUAUAUUACUAAAAUAAUGAAUGGAAAACAUGGAAGAGAUUUGGCGUUAUCAUUAAUGCGAGUAUUACCAAGACUUACUUUAAAUAAUAUUCGAGACAAUCCAGGUGCAAGAAAACCACCACAGCGUGGUCGAGGACAACACGGUGGAGAUAAACAUGGAGCAGGUAAUAAAGGUUCUGGUCAAAGGCAGAAUUAUAUGCGUCUUGGAUAUGAGACUGGAAACACCCCAUUUUAUCUUAGAUUUGGUUGGGAACCAUACUACAAGGGGCAUCACUUAAGAAGGGAAUACCCACCUUUAUCUUUAAAUCAACUGCAGUUAUAUAUUGACACAAAUAGGAUAGAUAGAUCUAAACCUAUAGAUCUUGUAUCUUUAAUUAAUACAGGAUUAUAUAAUUUUAAGUUAGAACAUAAACAUGCAGGCGUUCAUCUUACAGAUGAGGGAGCUGAUGAAUUUAAAGCUAAAGUAAACAUAGAAGUUCAAUGGGCUAGUGAACCAGUAAUUGCUGCAAUUGAAAGAAAUGGUGGUACUAUAGUUACAGCAUAUUAUGAUCCCUUUUCCAUAUGUGCAUUACACGAUGUAGAUAAGUUUUUUACAAAGGGAGUACCUAUACCUCGUAGAUUCUUACCACCAACAGACUGUUUGGAGUACUAUUCAAGUGCAGCAACGAGAGGGUAUUUAGCAAAUCCUGAGGAAAUUUCUAAGGAACGACUGGUUUUAUCUCAAAAAUAUGGUUAUGUACUUCCAAAAAUUGAAGAUGAUCCAGACUAUGAAAUGCUUACACAGCGUAAAGAUCCAAGACAGAUAUUCUAUGGCCUUGAACCCGGUUGGGUUGUUAGUCUUAAAGAUGAAGCAAUUCUUAAGCCAACAUCUCAACAUCUCAAAGAAUAUUACUUGAGUUAAUUAGUUUCUUUUAUAAUAUAUUAUUUAAAUAUAAAUAAAUAAUUUGUUAACUGAAAAUAAUACAUUUGUAUUUUACUUAAUAAUAUAAUUUUUGAAAAAUUUA